AUUAAUCAUUCUAUCUUGUGGGGUUCUGAUUAGUUGACUCAAGAAAAUUGUUCUUUUAAUGGAGCUGAAGGAAAAUUAUUGCAUUGCAGUUUUUCAGCAAUGCAGAAAAUCUCAAUCUCUCUCUCCUUUUCUCUCUUCAUUUCCCUUUUGCCGAGUAUAAUCCUCUCCCUUCUCUUACCUUGCACAGAGUCCAAAACUUCAAGUGGAAACAUUACAUCUGAAUUUUGUCCAAUUACAAAUUGCAGCGAAGAGGGUCCAACCAUCAGAUUUCCCUUUAGACUCAAUACUCAGCCAAAUUUUUGUGGCCAUGAAGGGUUUGAAUUAUCUUGCUCAAAUAACAGCACUAUCUUGCAUCUUCCUUCAUCUUCCAGUGAUUACUAUGUCCAAGAAAUUUCUUAUCAUGACAGCAUUAUCACCAUUAGAGAUGUUCAAGAGACCACAUGCCCAAUACAAAGUCUUCUCCCUUUCAAUAUCACAAACUCCAAAUUUAUUUUCUUCCCUUCUUGGUUGGGGAUGACUUUAGUGAACUGCACUGAGACGGUUGAUUUAUCUGGGGCUAUUGGACCGGUUGAGUGUGUAAGUGGUGAUAAAAAUUUUGUUUAUGUAAUAGAUUCUCGUACAGAUAUGGAUGUUCUUCGUUCCGCUUGCAGAGCAUACAAAUCAUUUGAUGUUUCGAGUGAAUUUGAUCUGCUUAAAGCUAUAAUGAGGGAUUCGAGCACACCAAGAGUCGUCUUAGGAUGGAAAGACUCUGAAUAUGGAUGCGAAGACUGCGAGAAAUCAGGGGAUUUUUGUCGUUUCAACAUUACAAGCAAUUCAACAAUCUGUUUGAAACAACCACAUCCUCGGGGUCCUGGAUUUAAAAUUGCAGUAUCUACAUCCACAUGUAUUGGAGGCCUUGUUGUUUUAGCAUUGGUGAUAUUUCUUGUUUAUAGAUGUCGGAAAUCUGAACAGGAAAAGGAAAUUCAGGUAAAGGUAGAGAAGUUCCUGGAAGACUACAGGACCCUCAAUCCAACUAGAUAUACUUACAGUGAGCUUAAGAAAAUAACCAGCAAAUUUAAGCACAGACUCGGCCAAGGUGGUUAUGGAAGUGUCUUCAAAGGAAAACUUUCUAAUGGAAUUCCGGUUGCAGUUAAGAUGUUAGAAAAUACAAAAGGAAAUGGUGAAGAAUUUAUCAAUGAAGUGGCUACCAUCGGUAGGAUACACCAUUUUAACAUUGUUCGUCUUUUAGGAUUUUGCUCAGAAGGGACACGUUGCGCGCUUCUUUAUGAGUUCAUGCCAAAUGGAUCUCUUGAGAAGUUCAUCUUCUCAAAGAUUAAUGAAUCAACUCAUCGUCUAUUGAGUUGGGAGAAACUACAAACGAUUGCAAUAGGUGUUGCACGUGGAAUAGAGUACCUUCACCAAGGAUGCAACCAGAGGAUCCUUCACUUUGACAUUAAGCCUCACAAUAUUUUACUAGACCAUAAUCUUCGCCCGAAAAUUUCAGAUUUUGGGCUUGCCAAACUCUGCUCUAAGGAUCAAAGUAUCAUAUCCAUGACCGCGGCUAGAGGAACUCCAGGAUAUACAGCACCCGAGCUGUUCUCCAGGAACUUUGGAGAAGUUUCUUACAAGUCAGAUGUAUUUAGCUACGGAAUGAUGUUGUUAGAGAUGGUUGGAUGUCGGAAAAAUAUUGAUCUUUCAAUUGAGAAUCAAAGCCAAAUUUAUUUUCCGGAGUGGAUAUAUAACAAAGUGAGUCAAGGUAAAGAAUUUGCUUUAGAAAUUGAGGCAGAUGGAGAUGAAGAAAUUGCCAAGAAGCUUUCAAUUGUGGCACUUUGGUGCAUUCAAUGGAAUCCAAAAGAAAGGCCUUCAAUGCCAAUAGUAAUACAAAUGCUUGAAGGUGAUAUACAAAGCUUAGAAAUGCCUCCAAAGCCCUUCGUUUCUUCCGAUGCUGAAAUGGAUACAAUUUGAUAUACUAGUGAAUAUUUAAAAGGAUAUGUGUCUUUGAAAUACGUCUAUGUAUAAAAGUUCAUUCAUUCUUCUCCUUGUAAUGGCAAGUGUAACCAAAUUCAGAUUGAUUAACGAAUUACAUU